ACACACCAUCGACACGGUGAGGCGCGGGCAGAAUGGCCCUGCUAGCUACGUUGCUGGCGCUCCGAAAGGAUGCCCGCAUUCUCAAGAUCCCCCCGUACCUCUCGGCCUUCCUGAUCCUCGUCGGCGUCGCAUGGCUGCUCGUCCUGCCGCUAAAGGAAUACUCGCGCGGCACAUAUGUUUCUGAAAAUGCGCUCCUGCCAGGCCAGGUGCACACGUACUUUACGGGCAGCGAACACAACGUGUUCCGCGCUUACAGACACGAGGUUGCGGGUCUGGUCGACCUACCGGUGCAGCAGCGAACUGAAAGGCUGAGCGAGCUGCUUCGGGCCUCCAAUCUCAAGGUUGCGACGCAGAAGUACACAUACACCCCCUCCGGCCGUAACAUCUCUGACGAGAAUGUCUACGCCAUACUGCAGGGCCCCCGUGCCGAUGCCACAGAAGCCAUCGUGCUCAUGGCGUCGCUCAAGACCAUGGCCGGCGAGCACAACUACUCCGGCGUCGCGCUGGUGCUCGCGCUUGCUCGCUAUUUCAAGAGGUGGAGCUUGUGGAGCAAAGACAUCAUCUUCCUGGUGUCUGGUGACAGCACGAGCGGACCACAGGCUUGGGUCGAUGCAUACCACGACGCCCACGAUCCCGCUACGAUCGAAAGCCUCAGCAUAAAGAGCGGUGCACUCCAGGGUGCCGUGGGCGUAGAGUAUCCUGCGGGGCCGUGGGGCCACAGGUACGACAAACUGCACAUUGUAUACGACGGCACGAACGGACAGCUUCCCAAUUUGGACCUCUUCAAUACGGCCGUUAAUAUCGCCUCUGGUCAAAUGGGCAUUGGUUGUACCCUCCAGCGCAUGUGGCACCAUCGCAACUCAUACCAAGAGCGCUUGCAGACCAUGCUGCGAGGCAUGCUCUCUCAAGGUCUUGGACAUGCCACAGGACCACACAGUGCAUUCAUACCAUAUCACGUUGACGCUAUUACACUUGUAACCGUGGGCGACGGAUGGCACGACGAGAUGGGCCUGGGACGCACCGUGGAGAGCCUGUUCCGAAGUCUCAACAACCUGCUUGAGCAUCUGCACCAGAGUUUCUUCUUCUACCUGUUGCUCGAAGCUAAGCGCUUCGUCAGCAUAGGCACAUACCUUCCGUCUGCCAUGUUGAUUGCUGCCAACUUCAGCAUCAUGGCCAUUGCACUCUGGGUCCAAAGCGGACGCCCACAAGAAACCAUCCCGAACCCUGCAGCCGCGAAGCCUGCUCCCAAAUCUGUUACCCAAGAUGCCGCCAAAGACCCAGACCACAAGGAAAAAGAGCAGGAACAAGAAGUGGAAGAGGAACCGCUCGAACCCCCACCAGUCAUCGUGACCAAAGACGGCGCCACCGCCAUAAUACCCGCCGCUCUCCUCCAAGUCUCCGAGCGCCCGCUCUUCCUCCCAGCAGCCUUCGUCGUAACCGCGCACUUCCUCGGGCUCAUCCCCCUCGCCGCCUUCAACCACAUACCCGUCGCAAACCUCUACCCCUCCUUCCUCCUCGCCGCGAACCUCACCGCCCUGCUGCCCCUCGCCACCGCGUACCUCCUUUCUCGCUUCACCCGUCCCACGCCCCAAGAGUCGACGCUGAUCCACUGCUUCAGCCUGCUCUUCCUCGGCAUGUACCUCUCUGCUCUCGCCACGCUCAACUUCAGCCAGAGCCUGAUGGUCGGCUUGUUGACUGCGCCGCUGAGUUUUGUGAGACGGAGCUCGGGCUCGCGUGCGGCGGCAAAGCUGCAGUUUGCGCUGCUCGCGGCCAUCAAUCCCGUCAUGGUGGUGUACGGCGCGACCUAUGUGGGCAAGAUUGAGCUGCUGGAUGUGCUGGUCAAGGCGGCGGAAGGGUGGCAUGUUUGGGGAAUGUGGACGCAGGUCGUGGUAUGGCUAGUGUGGUGGCCUGCUUGGUUCAGUGGGAGCGUUGUUGUCGCGUUGGGCUUGUUCUGAGAAGCUGCAUGCAUGCAUGGAAAGAUGGCUUUUGAGCGGUGGACGAGGCAUAGUGAUGCGUGUCGGAGCACCGAUGACAUGUCCAAUUAUGAUACCACAUAGAGCAUAGUGUGAGUCAGAAGAGCAAAAGCAUAUUGUCAGUUC